UUCACAACCAACAGAUGGCGCUUACACAUUAAUUUUAUAUUAUUAGUUUUUGUCUGUUUUGUUUGUGAUCUGUUAUUUCGUGGGUGUUUGUCACCUGUCAUAUCACCACACAAACAUAUAGUGGUGCUGAUCUUUGAUCAGUGGUGUGUUAUUAUUUACAUAUUAUUUACGUAGGCCAAUCGAUUUACAUAUAGUUAUAAAUGAGUUUUAUUUAUAUAACCAUUCAUGUAUAGCAUGCUAUAUUUGCUUUAAGAUAACCGGAUUUUGUUAUGGUUUUUAAAUGACUCAAUUGUAAAAGUCUGUGAUUAAAAUGAAACAGCACGAUUUAGCUAGCACCAUUUCUCGGUUUGUUAUUAAUAAAAAUGAAUUAUUUGAAAUUGCGAAAAACAUCAAGUCAAUCGCAAAUUUAAUCACAAUAAUUGAUUGUAUUCACUUUGGUUUAAACACUUACAAACAAAAAACAGUAUUGGAAAUAGACUCAGUUGUGGAUUACCUUCAUGAAGAGCUGAAUACAGGGCACUGGUCUGACGUGCCAAUUUCUAUUAGACAAUGUUUCACCAUUGCCAGUUUUAUAAAAUGUUUAAUAUUAUUAAAAGUUGCAGACAAAUUUGACAUUAACUUGUUGCAGACUGCUCUAAAAAGUAUAGAUUUGGGCUUAUUAUUAGGUGCUCCUUUAAAUCUUAAUGAAGAGUUAUUGACUGAUACAGCCAAAUAUUUGGCACUUGAAAUUGAUGAACUAAGAUCAGAUUCAUCAACGUCUAAUAUUAAAAUUGGCAAUGAGCCAUUGGAUAUGUCUGUUUAUAAAAAUCUUAUAGCAAAGGAAAUUCCGAUUGUAAAUAUACCAAGUUUAGAACAAUUCAACGAAUCUUAUUUUAUUCCGCAAAUACCAGUCAAAUUGAAAGGUUGCAUGGACCAAUGGCCAGCCUGCAAGCGGUGGCUAAAUGUUAAUUAUCUUCUAAAAAUAGCAGGUGAUAGAACUGUUCCAAUUGAAAUAGGCUCCCAUUAUUUAGAUGAAAAUUGGUCGCAAAAAUUAAUGACCCUCAAAGAUUUCAUAUCAAAACAUUAUCUAAGUAAAGACGGCGACAUAGGCUAUUUAGCGCAACACAAUUUAUUUGACCAGAUUACUGAAUUAAAAGAAGAUAUAUUAAUACCUGCCUAUUGUGCCUUAACUCUAGAAUCAGAAAAUUCGACAGAACCCGAUGUAAACGCAUGGCUUGGUCCAAAAGGCACAGUUUCCCCUUUACAUUUUGAUCCCAAAAAUAAUUUGUUGUGCCAGGUUUAUGGUACAAAACAAAUAAUAUUAUUUUCCCCCGAAGACUCCGAAUAUUUGUAUCCUCACAAAGGAAAUUUCGUGAGCAACUCCGCUCGAGUAAACCCAAUCGAUCCUGACUACAAUACUUUUAAAAAAUUUUCAAAAGCAACACCAUUUAAGUGCCUUUUAGAACCAGGGGAAAUGUUAUUUAUCCCAAUCAAAUGGUGGCAUCACGUGACUGCGUUAGAAAAAAGUUUCUCCGUCAGUUUUUGGUGGAUGUAGUAAAUAAAUAAAAAGUAACAAUUUAUUAAUUUUAUUGUGUAAUAAAUACAUAUUUUUGUGGUUAACACCGAUUACCAUAAAUAAAUGUGUAAGCUAAAAUUAGCUA